UCUAGCAGCAGUGGGAGGGAACAGAAGGGCUCUGUUGUUUUUCUCGCUUCCUUCUCCUUCUCCCUCUCCCUCUCUCUGCCCGUCGCCAGCUGCUGACCACGGCAGAUGGCCCUCAUGAAAACCUUUUGGAAUUCGGCACUCUACCCCCUGCCCCAGGGAAUCUGUCUCUAACUGAUGAUUUCUCUCAAUAGAAAAAAAGAAGAAGGAAAAAAGAAGAACAAACAGAAACUUCCCCCUGGAAAACCAGGCUUUAGUCAGGGCCUGGAGAGCGCACCCUAGAUCUGGAGACCCUCCGAAAGCCUAAGGGGGUUUGCGUAUUCGAAGGUUACACAGGAUGGGGCUGAGAGGAGAAAGCUGAGCUGUAUCUGUGGCACCCCCCUCUCUUUCCCACUGCCUGACUGUGGUGGGCGUGAGUACGAAACUGCUUCCUCCAAGCCUGGACACCAACAGCUCUGAAGCCCGUCAAGCCCAGGUGUUGACAGCUGCGAGAAGCUAUUGAAGCUGAGCAGAGAGCAUCCUUCUGUGGAUUGGGAGCCCCCUAGCAAACUCCUGAACUGAGUCCCUGAAGAAACUCCCUCUGGUUUAAGCCAUGGAGCACCCUCAGCUUGGCCAGCCAUCCUCUGAUGAAAUCAGGACUCCAGAAGCAGACACCCUUGAAAAUAAUGAAGUCCUGUCAGAGUCAGAGUUGGACACUAAAGACGAAGAUACUCAAGAUGCUAAGGGUGCAGUUGGAGGGCAGGAACCAACAGACCAAGUGUCACUGCUGGCCCAGGACAAGGGUAACUUGGAAUCACCACCUCCAGAAGAUGAUCUACAGCAACCAGGACCAGCGAAGGAGGAGCCCAGCCCUCAGGAGCUGCCCCAGUCUCCUUCAAACCAUCAGCAGGAGCCUGACUUUUAUUGUGUGAAGUGGAUCCCCUGGAAGGGGGAGCGGACACCCAUUAUCACUCAGAGCACCAAUGGGCCUUGUCCACUGCUUGCCAUCAUGAACAUCCUCUUUCUUCAGUGGAAGGUGAAGCUGGCCCCUCAAAAGGAAGUGAUCACUUCAGAAGAGCUAAUGGCACAUCUUGGAGACUGUCUACUAUCCAUCAAGCCACAAGAGAAGUCAGAAGCACUGCAGCUAAACUUUCAGCAGAAUGUAGACGAUGCAAUGACAGUACUACCCAAACUGGCCACGGGUCUGGAUGUCAACGUGCGCUUCACAGGCGUCUCUGAUUUUGAAUAUACACCUGAGUGCAGUGUCUUUGACUUACUUGGAAUUCCCCUCUAUCAUGGUUGGCUGGUGGAUCCACAGAGCCCUGAGGCUGUGAGCGCAGUUGGCAAACUGAGCUACAAUCAGUUGGUGGAGAAAAUCAUCACCUGUAAGCACUCAAAUGAUACCAACCUUGUGACAGAAGGCUUAAUCGCAGAGCAGUUUCUGGAAGUGACAGCAGCACAGUUGACAUACCAUGGACUCUGUGAGCUAACAGCAGCUGCCAAGGAAGGAGAACUCAGUGUCUUUUUUCGAAACAAUCACUUUAGCACUAUGAUCAAGCAUAAGAGCCAUCUCUACCUAUUGGUCACUGAUCAGGGCUUUCUGCAGGAAGAACAGGUGGUUUGGGAGAGCCUGCACAACGUAGAUGGAGACAGCUGCUUCUGUGACUCUGACUUCCACCUAAGCCAAGCUCUGGGCAAGGAGGCGGGGGCGGGGAGUGGGGCUCACUCUCAGGAGACCCAACGACAAGUGGAUCAGGACUACAUGAUUGCCCUGUCCCUCCAGCAACAGCAGCAACAAGGCACCUUAGGUCUCAGUGAUCUGGAACUGGCCAGGCAGCUGCAGCAGGAAGAGUACCAGCAACAGCAGGCACUGCCCAUGCCAGCCCGUGCCCCAACCCCACAGGAGAGAGGAGCCUCAUCUGGACGUCCAGCUGGAGAACGUAGGCAGCGGUCAAAGCAGGAAUCGGACUGUGUCCUCCUAUAGCUGCACCCCAAGCCAAGUUGCUGUGCCUAGUCUGAUGUGCCCCACUUCUUUGAGAGGCUUCUCAUUAUGGUUCCUCCAUCUGCCUGCCUGUUCAACCUAGCCCUUCUGGGUUUUCUUAGUAGUGGGGUACUAGGGAGCAGAGAGCAACUGCUAUGGCAAGAGCCGAUUAAGUCCAUGGGGCUAUUCUCAGUGUUGUCCAAGGGUUGUGCCUCCUAUAUCUCAUGCCCACUUGCUGCUGUCCCCUGAUCCUUCUCCCCAUUAUACAGGGAAGCAUCAAGAUGAGGGACGGGGUUCAUGCUGCCCCAUCAUCUGCUCCAUAAUACAGAGACACUAAUACACAGAUUCAGGCUCCUGGGUGAAAUUUCUUAGUCUAGAGUGUCCCUUUCUUCUCACCUCCAGUUGGCUGGACUUCUCUUGGCUGUCCCCAGGGCAUGCUUCUCAUUUUGGUUUCAGGGUUUUGUUUGGGUUUCUACCUGGCAUUUUUAAUGCCUUCUUAGAAGUUUGAAAAUAAAACUUCUUUCCUGA